GUUGUCUUAAGCAUAGUGUAUAAGGUUGUCAUGGUGAUGGGGAGCACAUGGAUGACGUCAUCACUGACGGACACGCCGCUGGGCGGGUUUUCUGUCCCGUGUCCGGAUCAACGGCGUUUCACACCUGGUGAGGUCUCUAUAUAUACAAAAGACAAAGAAUGCAGACUACCAGAUUUUACGGGAGUGCCAAAACCCACCCAUCAGUGGCACAGAAACUUGCUGCAGUAGUCCCACAAAAGAAGAAGAAAACUGCCAAGGCGGCUCAGAAAGAAAAUGUGGUGAAACCACGAAAAAAUGCCAAGGCAAAGAAUAAUACGUUGGAGCUGAUAUGUGGUGUGGCAAAUGAUGUAAUUGUUCCAUCUCCUGCAGAUCACAGUGUUCAGCCAAUGAAUCUGGAAAUACCGGUGCUAGAGGACGUGACAAACACGCUGCAUCAGGAAGCUUCUUUUUUGGACCAUGUAGCCACCCCUGGACAAGAAGACAUGACACAUUCACCACGAAGAAGGUUGCAUUUCACAGAUGUGAACACCAAAGUGCAGGACUGCCAGUGUACCUGUCCUGUUUUACUAAAGGAGCUACUCAGUAAGGUGACCAAUAUGGAGUCAGAAGUUGGUGGACAGGUCAAUCAGCUGCAGACCGAUGUGGCUGGCCUUAAAGAAGGCAUAAAGGAACAGAUGGUAGAAGCCAUGAAGAAAGUCAUUGAACAAACGAGGGAAGAAUGGCAAGUUGGAGUUUGCCGCACCAUCAUUGCAACACACCACCAAGCGGUUCAAGUCAGCGGCCUGGACGACCGAGGCCUGGAGGACCGCAGAGGAGGCCUGGAGGACCGCAGCGGACUGGACGAAGUCAGCGGCAUGGACGACCACAGAGGCCCUAGGCUACGGAGCAAGUAAUAGUCCAGAUUGUACAGACUAUGGGGCAAUGCUGAAGGAGCGUCACAAUCCCCUAGCUAAAAUACACAGUAUGCAUAUUAUGGUACACCGGACUCGAUGACAUACUGUAGC